AAAGAGCAGAGUUAAUUACAAUUUUCUCUAGACAAAGAAUAUCUCAUCAGCAUAAGAAAAUUUCAAAAUGGUAUUAUAAAGAAAGAAGAGACUAGCUCCCAACUAAAACAAAAAACACAAGCAAGCUACUCUCUCUUUCCUCCUUCCAUCAAGCCUUGUUUUUCACUCUUCCAUAUAUCCCAUCCAUCUAUCUAUCUAUCUUCUUUCUCCAAAUUUCAUCCAAACUCUUUUUCUCUCUUCCUUUGGUUUUGGUACAAGGCACACACAAAGUACCCUUUAGUCUUCCAUCAAUGGAAAUGAGCUUAAGGCUCCAAGACACAGAAACUCCACCUUCCAUGAACUCCCCAAGGAGCAAUCUCAGCAACAACAAUAACAUUGGCAUCCAAAUCCCCACCACACCAAAAUCCAUCCCCAGAUCUGACUCCACCCCUUACCCUACCACCUUUGUCCAAGCUGACACAUCCACUUUCAAGCAAGUAGUUCAAAUGCUCACAGGCUCAUCAGAAUCCACAAAACUACACCCUCAACAACAAGAUCCAAUUCCACCACAACCAUCCAAGAACUUCAACAUCCCUCCAAAGAAGCAGCAAGGGUUCAAGCUGUAUGAGAGGAGGAACAACAACAACAACAACCUCAAGAACAGCCUCAUGAUCAACACCUUGGUCCCCAAUUUUGCACACAACAACAUCUCAGGAUUCUCCUCACCCCACAAGCCAGAGAUCCUCUCCCCAAGCCUUCUUGACUUCCCUUCCCUCACUCUCAGCCCUGUCACUCCAUUGAAUCAUCAUGACCCUUUUGACAAGUCCUCACCUUCAUUGGGAAGCUCUUCAUCAUCAGAGGAAGAGAGAGCCAUAGCUGAAAAAGGGUUCUACUUGCAUCCCUCUCCCAUGUCAACUCCAAGAGAAUUUCAGCCUCAGCUCUUGCCUUUGUUCCCUGUCACUUCACCUAGAGUUUCAGAGUCACCCUCUUGAGGAGAGGAAAAAUGAAAAAUAGAUUGUUGUCUCAUCGUCAUCAUCAUCACAAUCACUAGGCUAUGAUUUUCUCUUUUAUUUCUAGGAGUUACAAUCAGUUGGAAUUUGUUCUAUGAUUUAGAGAAUGAUUUGAUUUUUCACUUAAAAGGUACAUAGCUUGCUUAAAUUGUAAACUUUGUUUCCUUCCAUGAAAUGAAGAUGAUGCCCUAUUGGUCUUCCUUCCACCUUAGUAGUGCCACUUCCUGUCUUGAUUCAAGUUGCAACAGAAGAACCAUAGUUUAUUAAGCAAAAUUAUACUACUGCUACAAUCUCUUUCUCCUCUUUAUUAGAUGACUAUUUUUCUUUUUGAAUUUUGAAUUUGUCUCUUCAAGUUCCAAUUUCUGUUGCCACAUAUCCAAGGGAAUAAUCAUAAGGCAGAAAGGGUGCAUUUCCCAAUUUAUGAUCAUGUGUAUCAAUUCAAUUUCACACCAACCACUAAAGAGAAUUUAUGAAGAGACUCAAUUCAAAGAGAGAACUAGGAAAUGAGGAUUAUUGGUUGGGACACAUUUUUACUGCACAACAGUGUAUGUACUAAGGAGUUAACUCUAUCCAAUGUCUCUCAUCAAACAUAGCUGUACUCAAGAGAAAGGUGGGUGGGUCAACUCAAUGAAGGGGGGUCCUCUUCUUGGUUAUGUAAAAUUGUGUCCAAAUUAGUUUUCUAAGCAACUCAAACCCACACAUAGUGAUGUGUUUUGGGAUUUGGUUUUCUCUUGUUUGACUCAUAUUAGAUAAAAUUUCAUGUUUAUGUAUUCUCUAUUUAUCAUGUUCCCUUUCAGAUCAAGUAGUAAAGUAUAAACCUUUUUCUUUU